AGUAUAUUUUCUCAUUUUUUCUUUAGUUCCUCGCUUAUUUUUAAGGAAGAAAAUGACUACUUUAAGCAGACGCAGCCAGGCUGCAGCUCAACAGAGCCCCUUGUUCAAGUAUUACAUCUCUUCUUAAGUUUACGAGAGACCAUUUGUGUGGAAUCUUUUAAUCAAUGGAUUGGGAUGUUUUUCUGCAGAAAAUUUCAGAUGGGAAAAGGGCUUGUGUAUUUGGCUUAUGUACGGUGGUUGUUUAUGGUAAAUUAUUUAGACGGAAUACAUUCACUUGUAAUAUUCGAGAGUUUGGUCUCUCGUAGCAAAUGUUAUGCAAGGAGGCGAUAAUCUUGAACAGAGAAUGGGGGCAUGGUCUAGAAGAAGGAAACAGGAAGAACAAGAGCUUGAAAGAAUCAGCCCAUUUUUUCAACGAAGGCAGGAUGGAAGUGGUUGAAAGGCCUUCCUUGGGUGGAAUGGAAAAGGCAUUUUGUAAUAAUGUUCUGAGGCGGAUUGUUGAUAUUUUUGCAGGGCGGUUGAGAAUUGACUAUUUUAGGAAAGCUCCACGAACAGUAAAACAAGGAAGAAAACGGAAAAGGACUUGCAGGAGAUCGGGUGACACAGUUUGGGGAGCAUGGGACGUUCUUCCUACUGAACUUCUGGUUUCAAUUUUGGUGAAGUUAAGUAUUGUGGACUACCUGUCAUUUAGCGGUGUUUGUAAAUCUUGGAGGUCAGCAUCUAUUGCUUUCCGCAAAUACUGUAUGGAGCGCCAGCAACCCCUAGUUGUUGUUCGGCCAAAGCGUUCGAAAAAGUCUUGUGUAUUGUACAAUAUGUUCGAUAUGAAACGUUACAAAACAAUGCUGCCAGAUUUGCCUUGCAAGAAAUUAUUGGGUUUCUCAUGCGGGUACCUGAUUACAACCGACGGAAACUUAGGCUUUUGGGUCGUAAAUUUAAUGACAAAACAUGAGCUGCGUUUUCCCGUCCUUUCUGGACUUAUGGGUGGCAUAAACGGCUUUAAAUUUUCUGCUCUCCUAUUUCAGUCCACUCGGCUUUCAGAAACUUUCAUGGUUCUUUUCUCUCUGACAGAAAAUUAUAUAUUAUUGUCCAAAAGUGGUGGCAGCAGUUGGCAGAGAUAUGUUUUAUGCGACACAAAAGCCAGGAUUGCAGAUGUGAAGAUUUUUGGUGGCAAAAUCUUUGUUUUGACUUCAGAUUUACGUUUUGGAGAAUUUAAUCCGAAGGCAGGUUCUGUUCCAAAAUUCUCCAAAAUCAGCAUCCCUUUCCAGGUUUCAUCUGAUAUGUGUUGGAAGUUGGUGGCAUCAGACAAUAAGCUAUACAUGACUGUAUUCAAUUGUUGUCCUUAUCCUGCAUUGGACGGACAUCUGUCAUUAUUCGAAAUUGACCAUGAGACAAUGGAUAGAGCAAAACAGAUUCAUGACUUGGGUGCAAAAUCUUUAUUUCUUAGUUGGUUCAGUUCUGCUCUCGUCGAUACAACUGGUUGGGGAGCAGGUAACUGUGUCUGUGUUCUUCACUUGGGAGUUUUCAACACAUGUUCUUUCUUUAACCUGAAUGGAAAUCACCUAGGAAGAACUCCGGUCGUUUGGGAUGGUCAUUCAACACCUUGUUUUUGGUAUUUUCCUAGUGAAAUUUGGUCCAUCAGUUGUGUCAGUGAUGAGUUUGGCGCAUGAUCACUUCUAAAUCUCAUAUCAGUUUUUCUCAUUAAGUCUGUAGUGUUUAUUUUCAUCUUACAUUAUGGAAUUUGGUACUAGUUCCAUUAUUAAUUCUUUUAUACAUUGAUGCUGUGAUAUUUUCCUUAAAGGCACCAGAACUCAACUGUCAUUUUCUGUAUUUCUUAUUGGCACCAUGUUUGUUCGUGUA